AUGAGGUUCGAUGCAGAAAUGCAGUCCAAAGUCAAGAUAGCGGAAGACCGGUUGGAGGUGGCUUCUAAGACUCUUCAAAGAUUGCAGGCUCGAGAUGAAUCUUAUACUUUGGAAUACUUCUCCUCGCAGUGGGAGCGACAGAAGCGGUGUCAGAUUACUGCAAUGGCAGACGAUGCUGCUGAGACUCAGGAGCGGAUGGAACAAUGCCUUCUAGAACUCCUUGAGUUGCAAGAGGAAGUGAAGCAUGCUCAUGAGGAGCUCAACAGGCUUCGAAGGAAGCGUAGAAGGAACCGGACAGAUGAAGAUAUUGCUGCCACUCUGACAUUACCAGCAUCAAUUGUGGCGCUUGAGACCGCAAUUCUCGAUGUUACAGAAGAGUUGGGAAGUGAAGAGUUUAGGCGGCUACACCAAGCUACUAGUCCAAAAGCUUUAGCUCUGAUAGGUGUGCGGCUAGCUAAAAUGAAGCUUUAUGAAGCCAAAGUAGGAAUUGUGGAGGCGCAGAAAAAGUGGGAUAAGGAGGUGGAAGGGGAUGAAGAAACUUAUGAGCAAGAAACAAAUGAUGUUUAA